GUUCAGAACAACCCCUCCUUAUAUUUUCCUCUUUGAUCCCGUUCAAAACCUUAUAUUAUCAUGGGUGUUUUCACUUUUGACGAUGAGUUCACCUCCACCGUUGCUCCCGCUAGGUUGUUCAAGGCCUCCGUCCUUGAUGCCGACAACCUUUUCCCAAAAAUUGCUCCCCAAGCUGCUAAAAGUGCCGAGACUGUCGAAGGAAAUGGAGGGCCCGGAACUAUCAAGAAGAUCACCUUUCCUGAUGGCAAGUAUGUGAAGCAGAAGCUUGAUUCAAUUGACCACAACAACUUUAGCUACAGCCAUAGCUUGAUUGAAGGAGAUGUUUUGGGUGCGGAAGUUGAGAAAAUCUCUCACGAGACCAAGUUCGUUGCGACCCCAAAUGGAGGAAGCAUCAUUAAGGUCACUACCAAGUUCCACACCGUUGGAGAUGCCCAGUUCGAUGAAGCAAAGGCUAAGGAGGGAAAAGAAAAGGCCGCAGGUCUGUUUAAGCUCGUCGAAGGCUACCUCGAAGCAAACCCGGACGCUUACAACUAAAUAUGUUGAACUAUAUGCUAGGCAAAUUACUUUUUUUUUUUUUCUCUUAAGCAAAAGGGUGUAGCUUUCAUGUUGUUUUUUAAGUCCUAGACUUCCAAGGCUUGCCAAUAAGAGUGUGGAAAUGGGAUAUUCCACUUUGUAUUGAAUUGUUUUAGAAAAUAUUUU